GCUUAUCUUGCCGAACAGAGGCCGAAGCUCCUAACUAGGAGGUCUACCAUGUUGAACCAUGCGACAAUCGUCCACGGCUAUUACAGCGAAAAAUGUUGGGGUUGAUGUAACAGGCAGUUUGGAAUUAGUUGAGGUGUCAAAGACUGCUUGUCAACCUCUGCUCGCAGAAUAGGAUAGCGUAACCCCAGCUUUCCGUUCGGGAGCGCUUCCAGCGCACCUCGGUGGCCGCCCGAAAGCUUUCUAUCGGCUAGGCCACCCAUGCUCUUCUCCUUAUUCGAGUUUCGGUGCGCCGGAGAUAGGUACACCACAGAAGAUUCCAGUCAGACAAACGAAAGAGACGCACACUGGGACACCAUGUCGGCCGUUCCGUCCCUGUUGAAUGACACCGCAUCCGACUCAGCAUCCUCAACCGACAUGUCCCUUGACACGCGGUGGGCAUCCGAUCUUCCAGGCCAUGCGCUCUUGGAAGACGAUGGAACGGGGGCUCUCAUCGUCCCGGCUCGCGAGGACAGUCACGAUCGCCACUUUCCCUACCUCUGCCUAUUCCACAUCAUCGACUGCCACACCGCAUUCGACAACGCGCAAGACUGGCGAACCCACGUCCUAAGCCAUUUCCGAACUCAUGCGCCGCCCAAGACGGCCCGCUGCCCCCUCUGCACUGGAGAGGGGGCAAGAUUCCACGACACGGCCGAACUGGGGGCCUGGGACACUCUGCUCGACCACGUGGAUUCGGCCCACUACCAGCAGGGCCAGUCCCUCGCCGGCAGCCGGCCCGACUUCGAGCUGAUGCAGUACCUCUAUGGGCUGCGGAUCAUCAGUGUGGACCAGUUCAAGGCGAUGCAACUGCCCCCGUCGCCGUCGAGCCCGGCGUACCACCAGUCGCACGAAUCGGUCCGGGCGAAUAUCGGCUCGUCCGACGAGCCGUACUGCGCGCCGUAUAGUCGGCGCCGAGAGGAGCGGAUGCGCGGACAGCGGCGAGGGGUGAGUGUGGUUUGAACCCGAUUAGGUGAGUAGAGUGGGUUGAUGAGGCGACCAUUGAGAUUUUCUCAUAUCCUCGCACUCGGCCUUUCUGGCCAGGCUACAUGAGUCCUGCCUUGCUUUGAGCGCUUCUGUAAAUGUUUCCCUUAGCUGCUCUCUCUCAUGUCUUGUCUU